AUGCUCUUGAGUAUCCAGAGGAAGGCUUUGCUGCGGAUAUCGAGCGGCUACAGAACAAUGUCCACUAUGGCCGCUCAAGUAAUAGCUGGAAUACCCCCAGUCACUCUGCUCAUAGAGGAAAGGCUCCGCCUGUACAGCAGGGAUGAUACUAAGCUUCGUACUACCAGGUUGCUGGAAAGAAGCACAACUUUGGAGAAAUGGCAGCGUGUGUGGAGCGACCACUCAGAGACGGCAAUGUGGAGCAAGACUCUGAUCCCGGACGUAAGACAGUGGGUUAGCUGUAAACAUCGAAGGCUAGACUUCUACUUGACCCAGUUUCUAUCGGGCCAUGGAUACUUUGGGGAUUACACCAAAAAAAUGGGAAUCACGGAGGGCAGCAUCUGCGGUUAUUGCGGAUAG